AUGUCCUGCUACCGAGACCUGUGCAGCUACCCCAGCACGGCGCCCUGCCACGUGGCCUGUCCCCAGCCCCUCGCUGACGCCUGGAACGAGCCCUGUGUCACCUCCUGCGGGGACUCCCGCGCCGUGGUCUACCCGCCGCCCGUCGUCAUCACCUUCCCCGGGCCCAUCCUCAGCUCCUGCCCGCAGCAGAGCGUGGUGGGAUCCUCAGCACCGGCUGCCAUUGGGAGCACGUUGGGCUACGGGGCGUCUUUUGGCUACAGAGGCUCUCUUGCCUAUGGGGGCUCCCUGGGCAGCAGGACUCUGCUUGGAGUUUUCCCUUUUCUGUGCCAUAAGAUUAAAUCAGACAUGUUAGCAGUUCUAUGUGGUGUAAGCAGUAUUUCCUAUUGA